GAAAAAAUGGAAUGAUGCCUCCAAACCUACGACACUCUGAUUUUAUCCAGUCUCACGACAAUAAAGCCAGUGUGAUGGAAAUGUGGGGUGGGAUAUGUGGAGAUGCCAUUGUUGUUGUGCGGGCCCCAUUGGAAAAUAUGACGCAGUGAGAUAUGACACCAGUGGUUAGGAAGAAUGGCGUCAGAGAAUGGGGAGAUCACUAUUUUUAGGAGUUAUACAACCACCAGAUUUCAUAUUGUUGUGUGAAAUGUGUUCACACGUGUCCUCCUCCAGAAAGGACGCGACAACACUGGGGACCAGAUGCUGAUGAACACUGGAGGAGACGACCGAGGUUCAAGGGAAGCAAACUGAACUCGAAAGUUGAAAUUGUAUUGUGAUUGUGUCUUUAUUUAUUUAUUUAUUUAUUAUGCAAAACUUAAAUUAGUACUUGUAACGCAGAGAGGUAUUUAGAUGAUGUACGAAUACAGAGAAUUAUUAUCGAAAAUCCGGCAGAAAUGGUGUGUGGCUUCAGUGCAUUUUAAUUUAUCACACAGCGACAGAUAUACUAAUGAUUAAUCAAGUGAAAUUUAACGAUUCUCAUGAGGAUGAUCUGGAUCUAGAAUCUCUUUAAGAUUCUAGAUCGCUUAAUAAUGAAUAAUGUCCAAUUCUUGGUUUUUGAGAAACUGAAAAGAUUUAAAUACACCUUCGACUAGAGCUAAAUUAAGUUGACGAAUGAUUAAAUUAAGUUUCAUGUAUGAAAUGAGAAAACUGGAGGUUAGGUAGCGUUGUUGGUUCAACCCACCCCGAACAUGUCCACGAAAUCACCGGUUGUCCUUUUGCUUUUCGUCUUUUGCUGCAAAACUGGCACACAGGAGCUUAAAAUAAAAAUAAAAAUUCUGUAAGUGGGUGCGUUUUGGGGGAUGGAUUUGACCGAUAUUGCAGAAUUAACUCAGGUGGAGAACGAUGACUGGAAGGAGGUGAAAGAAGGGUUUGCUGACAAAUACGGCAUAGAGAUUAGCACGUUAGAUAUGGAGGAUGGCAUUCCACCCAAUUACAUUAAGGACAGCAUCCAAGAGCCAAUUUUUGACAUCUCAGAACUCUGUCGACGCCUCCAGGACAAGUAUGAUCGGGAAUGGGCGAGUGAAGAGGUGAAGGAAAAAGACGUGAUUACAAUUCGGAAGAAUGUAGCACAGGCUGCAAAACUAGCUGGGAUUGACGAUGAACUUAUCAAGGAAGAAUUAGACCGGAUCACCACAUCCUCCAUUUGCGAUGUACAGCGCCUCAUUAAUAUAGAAGCCAUUGAAUCAUUAAACCCAACCCCUUCUGUCCCUUCACCAGAGCCACCGCCACCAGCAGAAAUAAUCCCACAGCCCCCAGAACAAGUGUUGCCACCAGCAUUGCCUCAAGCCAAAUUUUCGAAGCGUCCCCACUGUGGGCCUUGUGAGACCGACUACCCCACUAAAACUGCAUUUUUCAGUCACUGGGAGGAAGUCCAUUCAUCUUUGAAAAACACACUGCUGCCCAACUGCAAGGAGGUCACACUCCAUGUCAGCUCCUCUUCCAAAUGUUCGAAACAGCCAAACGCAAACACUGUCCUUGAGCUAGCUUCAAAAUUAAAGACCUGUUCUUUGUGUUCAAAGGCGUUUGGAAGCUUGGAGGAAGCGUCUGUCUGUAUGGCGGAACAUAACAAGAUACGUUGUUGCAUCUGCCUCUUCAUGUUCAUCCUGAAAACGGAGGACGGGACGACAAGUGCAGAGAUGACGAAACACAUGAAAGAUUUUCACGGCAAGACAACGACGACUGGAAGCAAAGUAGUCUUUCCCUGUCCAUUCUGUAAUGUCGUGAAUGGAAAGGUACGAACUCUGGUCGAACAUUUAGCCGAACGCCAUUACAAUCCUGCUCUCAAAGAUAUAGCUGAUAAACAAAGCGUACGCCAAGACCAGGAGGCUGCAGCUGGGAGGACUGCGACGAUACAAAAUACGCAGCAAAACAGUAGCGUACAACCUUCCGAUGAUGUGUUGAAAAAAGUUGAUGUCAUUCAUCCAUCACCAUCUUCACUUGCUAAUGCGAUUCCAUUUCGCAUCAACCCGGCCGCCCUUGGACAGAGCGUAGAGCUAAAGGGAGAUGUUCUCAGCAGAAGCUCAUUAGGAGGAAGAGUUAUAAAGACUAACGCGAACCGGGGCCGGUUUAUCUUGAGCAAACCACGCCAACCACGGAAUACGAUAAGUCCCACGACGGUCGUUCUACGUGGAGCUGGACCAACAACUGUUGGUGGAGGUAACGUGCAGAUGACUUUGGGGGGACAGGGACCUCCUCUGCGACCAGGGGGGUCAACAUCACCACGCCCUCGGCUCCCACCACCAGGAGUGACGACGACCACACCCGGAAGUCAGAAUGGGAAAUUGGCCAACGGCACUAGUGUUGUGGGGGCGGCGGCAGGGAGUCAAAUAAAACCAGUUGGAGAGAGUGAUGUUGCUAUUCUGGGAAUGUAAUGUGGCUGUGACGAGCUGUCUGUUGCAAUUGCCCUGAAAUUUUUCCAGAAUAUUAUUUCUUGUUACACUGUCACUGCUCAAGAUUUAAUUAUUGUAAUAUUACUAGUGAUAUAAUUUAUGCAUAUGUAAUAUGGAGGGAGGUUAUUAGUACGUUAGUUUUAUCAAACUUUAUCCUAGGAAAAAGUAUAAUAGUUAGAACCGUUUCAUAUUCGUCAUUCAAUAUAAUCAAUCAGUUAUACUUAAUCAUUAGUACUACAAAGAUUAAAGCAAUACGUACAUUCAGAUAUUAACCCAUAAUAUGAUUAUUAAUUGUUAAAUUCAAGUAGAAAUAGACCCUUUCUUCAUCUUUGUUUUGUUUAAUUGUUUAGUAGCUACCAUCUAGUGUAUCGCACUAAGGAAUGAGGAAUCCUAAGUGUGAUCCCAAGUAUUUACAUAUUUUUCACAAUGUACUUUGUCACUUGAAUAAAUACUUCAUUUGAACAAUA